AUGAUCGAUUCGCACAACUUGGCGCACGGUCUCAACUACGUCCAAGAAAGCCUGGGCAAGCAGCUCCCCGUCGGCACCUCCCGUGCCAUCAUCGCCAUCACCGACGGCUUCGACCAGUCCAACACCCAGAUGGCCUACGAUGCCGCUGGCCAGCUGAAGAGCGAGUAUUUCACCAUCUCGAUUGUCAGUUCCACCACUUCGCUGAUGGGUCAAUCCAUCCUCCAAUCCAUCGCCUCCGAUCAAUUCCGAUACUAUCCGCUAGACGACCUCAGCUGGUUGAUCAACCGCGGAACGUUGGCCUCGACCAGUUACUGGAUUUGCAACGACGCAAACUGCCCGGUCGACAUGGUGUUCCUCGUCGACGAGUCCCAGUCCAUGCUCGACUUGUGGUUCGACAAGGUGUUGACCUACGUCGACAACACGGCCCGCCAAGUGCUGAAGUACCAGAGCAGCGCCCGCUUUGCCCUCGUCAGCUUCAACAAGCGAAUCGUGUACUCUUCCUAUAAUAGCAGCGGAUUUUUGGAUAUCAAUGGGUUGGAGGCGGCGCUGAAGGGUAUUGCCAGGACCACGGAUGUCGUUGAUUACACCGUGGGGUUGAACGAGGUCAUCAACAUCCUCGCUACUUAUGGACGGCAACAGAACGACUCGACGGUGUUGCCGUUUGUGAUCUUCCUUACGGAUGGUGACCAACUUGCCAACAGCAUGAACAGCGUCCUCCCCAUCACCACCAAGUUGCGCAACCAAUACAAGGCCGAAAUCCUUGGCUUCGGCUUGAACCCGAACCCAUACCGCGAGAGCUUGAUUAAGCAAGCCAUCGGCGUUGGCAGUCCCGACGGCUACACCCCGGCUCGUUAUAUCCGCGCCAACACCACGGAUUACCUGCUCGCCACUUCGCCUCAGGAUACUUCGUCGUACUCGCAGAUCGACUACAAGGGCAUGGAGCUGGAGGCGAUCAAGGCGGCCAUUAACUAUUAUUCUGGAUCAAUUGGGGCGUACACGGGCCGUCUGUCCGUUGUCUACUUCUCCGCACCAGAAGUCACCGGCACUCUGGUCAGCCAGAGCACCAAUCCGGUCGAGGUCAUCAACAAGCUGACCCCUGCCAACAUUCCAAAUGGUGGUGCCAGUGAUUUGGCUGGCGCCCUCAACGUUGCCAACAACAUCAUCUCGAAGAACUACUUCGGAAACAACCAAGUCGUUAUUUUAAUCGCGAGAGGAUUGUACAUCGAUGGUAACUCGACAAACUGCUGCAAUGAUCCGCAACCCAUCGCCAACGAGUUGAUGAAGAAGGCCGCCGUCCAGGCGGUUAUGUUGGGUCUUGUCACAAACAACACCAUUUUGCAAGCCAUCUCCAACCAGCCGGUGCUCAACGCUAAUGCUCUCAUCAAGGAUGGCGACAGUGACAUCAACAACGGUGCGGCCAUCGCCAAGAGGCUGGACACGGUUCUGCACUCGAUCAUCGCCAAUCAGCCAUGCCAGAAUAUUGCCGAUUUCCCACCGGUCUGCUCCGAGUACAUCGACGUCCAGCUGGCCUUCCACGCAAACCAGACUCUCAUGCCCAAGGUCCGCAACUUCAUCACGCAGCUCCUGCUCCCGGCUCUAUUUGGUGGCUCCCUCUCCGACAGGCCGUUGACGAAGAGCAGCACCGUGAACUUGGCUUUGAUGACUUUGGACUCCAGCACGACUGUUACCAGCCUAGCCGACUUCACUCAACUCUACUCUCCAAGCCGUUACGCCCAGAUCGUCUCAAACGUCCUCGACAACGCAACGAUCAGCACGGUGCCGUAUGUGUCGAAGGUCUACAACCAAUCGAUCUAUAACCGACAAUGGGGCCGCCCCUUUGCCACCACCAUCGUCAUCAUCAUCUCCGACGCGUUCAGAGCCGUCUGGCCCGACAUCACCUUCCUCGUCGACACCAGCUACGAUGGAACCAACGCCAUGACUGACCAGGGCUUCCAACAGCUGCGCCAAUUCAUGUAUCGCUACGUGCUCGACGAGCUGUUCAUUGGGGAUACUGGCUCGAGAAUUACACUUGCUACUUUUGACGAUUCCGUCAACGUGGCUUGCCAGUUUUCUGACAUCCACAACUACUAUGACCUGGCCGAUUGCAUCGUCAACAAGUUUGAGUACUCCAUCACCAAGCCGAAAACAAAGACCAGGGAUUUGGCGGGAGCUCUCGACUACCUUUCCAACAAUGUUUACAACCUGACGAAGGGCUGGAUUCCGGCCAAGGAGAAUAUUUUGGUCAUCUUCACCACUGGAUCGUCGACAACGAACGCUUCCCGCGCCCUAGUUCAUAUGCAGCAGCUUAUGGUCCGCACUUUCGGCAUCAACUUGGGUGCGAAUAUGGACCCGUAUGAGCUCAGCUUGUACGGUCCCGAUUCGUACGGCUUCCCCAACUGGGACGACCAAACCCACGGCAUCAUGGGCCAGAAUAACUUUGGCUCCCGUAUGAUCGAGUACUUCACCCGGGCCCACCGUCAGCCACUCUCCAACUUCUACGCCGACUUCUUCUUCAUCGUCGACGAAUCGUACGCGAUGAAUGGGGUCUUCGACAGCGUUCGCACGUUUAUCCUGAACUUUGUGCACCAAUUGACACUUGGAGACAACAAGGUUCGGCUGUGGAUCGUCCCAUUCAACUCGGACGUCGUCCAGGAUCAGGUGCUGGCGCAGAAUGGCCGAUUCUCGGACUUCGAAUCCUGGUGGAACAACAAAUUUGCAUACAAGCAGCCUUCCAACACAACUUUUGUAAACAUUGGAGCUGCCAUUGAUGCGGUCGCUGGAUACCUUAAUGUCACCUAUCAAACUGACAGAAUGGCGCACGUCACUUAUAUUGCGCAGUCACCAACUGUCACCGGAGCCGAAAAGGCCGCCCAACUGCAAGGCAAAUCCAACGUCGCCAACUAUGUCUUGCUCACCAAUCCCGCCGCCAACUAUUCACAGCAGCUGGUCACCGAUGGCCGCCAAGUCUUUCGCAUGUCCAGCCCGAAGGAGUUGAACAACUGGGUGACGUCUGGAUUCGGGCUGAACAACAUGAGCCGCUGGUUCGACACGAUGGCUAUCUUCCAAGAAAACUACCGGGCUUCUCACGAGAUGCAACUCGCUGAAGUGCAGAUUGAUGUGGCGUUUGCAGUUGAUCAGACCGCGCUGGCGAAUUCGGCAGCUUUCGAGGCGAUCAAAUCCUACAUUGCCGGUUUCGUCAGCAAGUUCCACAUCUCCAGAACCGGUACUCGAUUCGCUCUUCAGUCCUUCAGCGCUCGACAGGUCGUCGAGGGAGGAUUCCACUUCAUGGACAACAACGACACUGACACGGUCGUGAAUAUGAUCAAGAAUCUCAAGUACAUCUCGUCGUCCGCUUCUGCCAGCUCGGAUCUCGUUACUACCCUCAGCCAAAUCAACGACUUCUUCCUGCAGCCCGAGAAGGGAUGGCGAAACGGCCCAACCUAUGUUGUCAUUUUCACUGGCGCUCAAUACUACUACAACACCACGGCUUCCAUCGCCGACGCCCUGAAAAUUGGCCGAAAGGCCAGAGUCGCGGCCGUCGGCCUUACUGGCUCCCGAAAAGACUUUGUGCAGCAAUUCCUGACCGGAAAAUCGCAGAAUCUGUACCCGGUCGUUGCGGAUCCGCUUUCCUUGGUGGACGGUAGCUUGCCGGACAGGGUUAUCUCGCACGAUAUGACCAAAUGGUACGAAGACCUCGUCUACCCCGUGCUCCCUCAUAUCGAUGACGUCCAAGCCGAUUUCAUUUUCUUGAUCGAUUAUUACAACACGCUUGGAGCCGCAGGAUUCGCCCAGGUCCAAAACUACCUGGUCGACCUCAUCCAGAACCAAGUCACGACCCUCGGCGCCACGAGUCGAUUGGCCGUCGUUGCUUACGGCUAUACUGAGGUGAUGGCCAGCUAUUCCUGGGAUCUCAACGCCUUCCACACACAAGCCGAUCUGCUGAACGCCGUGAAGACGAUGUCUUACUAUUCUCGAUACGUGGACAGUGAUCUCGCCAGAGCGGUUGAAUACUUCUUCCACAACGAUACCUUCGGCUACGACGCCAACCGGCUGACGUUCGUGGUGGAUAUUGCCGUGUCGCCGACCAUCGGCCGCCAAAUCCCCUUCCCCACCACAGUCCAACUCAACCGCGAAACGUUCACAUAUGCCUACACAUAUCCCAACGCCACAGUGUACCCCUAUUUGAAUCAGUUCCUCGGCGAAGAGGCAUAUGAGCACCUCAACGUCGGCUACCAGUUCGGCGCCGUCGACGGCAUGUUCAAGCGAUAUGUCGUGGAAGCAUGGCAAGCCUGGCAAGCCAACUAUGGA